AUGACGUUAGAGUCUAGCAAGAUCCGUGUCGCAUGUAUCGGGGCUGGUUUCGCUGGCCUUGCGCUUGCGAAGUCCAUCCUCGACGGCGCUCCUGGGGCCGAAUUGACCAUUUAUGAGGCCAAUGAGGGCGUCGGAGGAGUAUGGCUCAAGCUGGCGUGGAUCGGCCGCGAGACAUCUCGCUCAUACCUUUCUUUCCUUUCAGACACAGUAUCCUGGGGCUGGAAGCGAUUUCCCUUCUCACCCCGAGCAGAGUGGAUUUCUCCUGUAUUCAAGCACAAGGUCGAGUCCGCCGUAUGGGACGAGCAAGAAGGCAUGUGGAGCAUGAAGGGAAGCAAUCAUUCCAACAUCCCCGGCGAGGCUUGGCAAGCAAAAGCUCAUGUUCUCGUGAACGCGGGUGGCAUCCUCUCUAAAGCAAAUAAGCCCGCAAUUGCCGGUGCCGAGACCUUCCUAGGAACGCUCGUUCACACUUCGCAGUGGAAACCAGACAUCUCCACAGAAGAUAGGCGCGUGGCUGUCGUUGGGCAUAUUGACCUCUACGUCCGGUCGCAAGCAUGGAUUGAAACAGGGGAUUUUGCCACGCUGGUGACGGAUGACGUCGAGGUUGUCAACCCAGCCUACUCGGAAGAGCAGCGCAACUCUUUCAAAAUGUCGAAGGGACACGUCGAGCAGCACCGCAAAUGGCUGGAGGAGGCGUUCCACGGUAGCGCCAGAGAUCUCUACAUUCGCGGCAGUCCAACCGCUCUGUUCGUACGAGACGCGCUGACGAAGCUAACACAGGCCAAAUUGACGGCUAAGCCAGCGCUUGAAUCGUCCAUUGUCCCAGCAUUUAGCUUCGGCUGUCGACGGCCGACGCCUGGACCAGGGUUUUUCGAGACCAUCACUGCCUCAAAUGUCGAAGUAAUCCAGGCUGGCGUUGCUCGCAUCACGCCGGCCGGUAUUAUCGCUCACGGAGACGUUAGCGAACGCGAGCGCCCUGCUGACGUAAUUGUUCUGGCGACUGGCUACAAGGUCGAUCAUGUUCCUUCUUUUGACGUGACAGGUCGCAGCAAUGCAAGUCUAAGUCUCGACUACCGACUAGCGCCCGACUCGACGUUUCCCUCUCAGGUCUUCGAAGAUCUCUCGGCCCCAAUCGUCUGGUCGAACUUCGAGAUCGCUGCUUUGCCUAAGCUUUAUGUUAUUCAUGGUGGCGAAGAGGCGCUGUUGAAUGAAGGCGUUCGCUUCGUAGCGCGUGCCAAGGCCCAAGAAGUCGAUGUGACUCAUGUGAUUUAUCCAGGCUAUCCGCAUGAUUUCUUUUCGUCCCUUCAUUACGGGGCCAUGAGUAAGGUGGCUUUCUGUGCUACAAAGGCAUGGUUUGACCGUCAAACCUGA